CGCCUCUCUGAACGUCCCAAAAGCCGCCUCGCCUUUUCAGUUUCUCAAAAUAACACUCUCAACUCUCAGCUCUCAGGAUUCAUCUUCAGUCCAUAAAAUAAGAAAGAUCCCUGCUCUGCUUUCCCUUCCUUGGAGUCGUUUGAUCCAACAUGGCGCUUGUCAAGCGACUCCCACAUCUCUCUCCUUUCUGCUCGCCCCGUCCUAGCAAACCCAGACCCCUUAAUCUACACCCCUUCUCCUCCUUAUCCUAUUCCCCUUCCUCUUCUUCCUCUUCCUCCUCCUCUCCCUUUACAGAAAAACACUCCCUUGAGAGAUACCAACGAGAUGGAUGGUUGUACAAAGACGCACCUUUCCACGAUUCUUGUUCUCUCCCAACUGAUUCCAGCUCCAUCCGGGAGAACGAUAUAGCUCUGCAACUACCCGAGCUUAAGAAGCUGCUACAAGUCCUGAGAGAGAAACGAGGGACUGAAGGUCCCAAUGGAGGAAAUAGAGGACCUGGAAAUGUGUUCUUGGUCGGGACUGGACCUGGAGAUCCGGAGCUCUUAACGCUGAAGGCAUUGAGGGUGAUUGAGAGUGCUGAUCUUCUUUUGUAUGAUCGACUGGUGUCCAAUGAUGUACUAAAUUUGGUGAAACCAGAUGCUAGGCUUCUCUAUGUCGGGAAGACUGCUGGGUACCAUAGCCGAACUCAGAUGGAGAUUCAUGAGUUGCUUCUGAGUUUUGCUGAAUCUGGCGCCACAGUCGUGAGGCUAAAAGGAGGGGAUCCAUUGGUAUUUGGAAGGGGUGGAGAAGAAAUGGAUUUUUUGCAACAACAAGGGAUUCAAGUGAGCGUUGUUCCAGGUAUCACUGCUGCUUCAGGAAUAGCAGCAGAGCUGGGAAUCCCGUUGACCCAUCGUGGUGUUGCAAAUAGUGUUCGAUUUCUGACGGGGCACUCAAGGAAAGGAGGAACUGAUCCUCUUUUUGUAGCAGAGCAUGCAGCUGAUCCUGAUUCAACUCUGGUUGUCUACAUGGGCUUGGCGACUCUACCUUCUCUCACCCAAAAACUGAUGCAUCAUGGACUACCACACAAUACACCUGCUGCUGCAGUAGAGCGAGGGACUACACCUCAACAACGGAUGGUGUUUUCUGAAUUGAAUAAUCUUGUUGAUGAAGUUACAAAGGCGGAGCUUGUAUCCCCAACAUUGAUCAUCAUCGGGAAAGUUGUGGCACUCUCACCAUUUUGGUCCUCUUCUUCUGAAGAAGCACCUCUUAUGGUAGAGACCAGUUAGUCACCAUGUUGGAAGUUUUGUUUCAAUGGAUGAUGCUCUUCAAUCAUGAGUAAGCUCAAUCCUUCAACUAGGGAUAAUUAGUUUUAUCCCUCAUUUUCAAGAAGGCCGAUGCUUAGCUGCUGUUGACAACAUUUGGUUGGGUUAUAUUUCAUCUGUUUUGGCUGGGGCUGGAGAAGAAUUGGUUUCAUUGGUCAUGUGUGUAACAGACCAAGAACUGUACUGAUGAGUUAUGGGGAAUAGUUUGGGGCCUGUAUGGCUCUAAAACCGAAAAUGGAUGUGGUUUGCAAGUAGUGACAAGAGACUGGAUGAUCUAUUGCUUAAUAGAAGAUAUGGCCCUACAGGCCUAGUGGAGUGGCAUUUGGUAAAGAAGUAUUCUUUAAACUGGUUCCGAUGUUUGGGACAUAUCAAUUUUUUGUAUGGAUCUAAUUACCUUUUGCUGCUUUUGUAAUUCAAACUAUAAAUUGCUAAUAAAUUUUGAUUUGACUCUUCCAGAAAAGGAAGAGUUUACCA